AUGAUCCCUGACAGCGGCGUCUCCCACCCACGAGAAGCAGCCCAAGCACUGAGUGCCGCCGCCCGACGCAUGAAGCCAGUCAUGGAAGAGUUCGACCUCUCCAUCGCCUCGCUGGGAGAGUUAGACCCCAUGUACGAAGGUCGGUUGCAUGGCUACAAUGAGACGUACUCUGGCCAACUGCGCGAUGGGACGGGCAAUAUCCGGCUCGCGCUCAGAAGACAGCCCUGGUACCUCAUGCUGGAUGUCAUGAUGCACGAGCUAUUGCACAAUCGGCACGGACCGCACGACCGCCACUUUUAUAGGUUUUGGAACAGCUUGCGUGACUGUUACAGCAAGUAUCACGGGGAUGAGUGGCGCGGCGCAGCCAACUCACAAGCUGGUAUGCUAGCCAAUGUCACUGGUGUGGCAGGCGCCGUAUUCUCUGAAAUCCGCUGCAGCGUUGGAGAUAUUGGUAUUGGCAAUGGCAGCCACCGAACCCGCGGUACUCCUCGCGAACAGGGACGAGGUGUGCAGCAGGAGCCAAGAUAG